CAACAUGGCGGAUGUGAGCGCUCCAAAUGAAAACAAAGUUUGUCAGGAGAAAGUUUUUUGAGUCGUUUUGUUGGUUAACAGAUUUAUAAUAAUAUUCAAUAUUAUAAAAAUAUUUUACCGUAUUUGAAUAUUGUUGUCAACUAUGUGAUUACUUACUGUUCUCUGUUAUUAUUGUGUUUGUACGAGCGCCAUGUAAAUGUUUAUGUAAUGAAGUUUUAUUUCGCCUUUCUUGCAAGAAGAAUGGCCAGCAUAAGUAAUAGACUUUUAACUGGUGUAACUAACUGACAAAGUUAUUAUAUAGAGAGAGAUCAGAAAGUACCAUUAAUUCGUAAUUGUUAAAAUGGUUGGUGGAGGAACUGCAUUAAACCUUUCGCUGUUAAGUCGAGGUAUUGGAGAAAUACAACAGAAUGGUCAUGAAAGGGUUGAAGUGUUUUUAGAGCCGGAGGACUAUUUUAAUUUUGUGAAGGAUCCAAAGAGAAUUUAUCUUCCACCAAUUCAAACAAGAUGUCCCUUUAUACCAUCCCCUUCAACAGCAUCGGCCAGAGAAUCAAAAAAGAUAGAUUUACCCAAAACCUUUACAACCAGACGUGGAGCAUUGUUAUUGUUCUCAGAAGAUUUGGCGCUUCGAAAUCGUGAUCGUGCACACAAACAUCAUGUCACACCGUUAUCACAAAGUGUUAAUGCAACCAAAGGGCUGAAUAUUAAAACAGUUGAUGAUCUAGCCAAGUCAAUUUUAUCUUAUGGAAAAGAGCAAGUGAAUGAAAGUAAUGAUGUAUAUCUUGGUUUUAUUCACAAUCGCCGAAAAUUUCACAACGAACGCCAGAUACGACCUGGAUUUUCUGCCAAGCGAUAUCUAUCAACAUGGACGAGGAUAUGGGAUGAUACUUUACUAGAAAAUGUUAUCAGUAAAGGAUAUAUUACAGAGCGGUCAUUAUUUUAUGGGAGUAUGGCGGCACCACAUUUGCGAAGAAGAAUAUUUCAUGAUGAUUUGUCCCAUUAUCCAGCGCCUUAUAGAUUAAUGAGAAAUAUGUUGAUAUCACCUGGUAGUCUGUCUGGAUAUACUUUCUACAGGAUGCAAAUACAGCAACUAGAUCUUCUGGAAGAUGAAGAUGAUUAUAGUUCAGAAGACGAUUUACAACGAAAUACAAAACCGUCCAUUACCGUAGUUAAAACCAAAGAUGGCGUCCAACGUGAAGUUAGUUAUGCUAGUUUAGAUAGACAAAGUCAGAAAGAGGUUCUUACUGAUCUAUUGGUUAAAAGUGCUGUUAAUUUUGCUCUUCAAAAACAACAUGAAUUUGUAGAGAAUAUGAAAAACCCCUCACCAGAGAAUAUCCAAGAAAAUGAUCAAAUGGAAGCUUUUGAUAUGAAAGAAGCAGUGGAGUCCUUACUAGAAACAGAAAAAGAAUAUCGUGAAUUUGAUAAACUGACUCAAAAUACAAAUCAAAAUUUAACCAGUCCUCAUGAAAUUCAGUCAUCCUGGCCACAAGAUGGUAGCUCAUCAAAAGUUCAACUGCCUGCUUUAGAUCGACAACAUUUGAGUACAAUUGAAGAUGUAAGUCGUGAAGGUACUGGUAUGAGAGUUCUUCCCCCUAUUGGUCAUGGUGAUAGAGUACCGUUAUUAAAUGUGGCACCACCAACACCAAAAGAUGGUGCCAGAGAUCAAGUAACUCAGACUUCUCCAGAUGAAGAUGAUGAAGAAUGGGGAUUAGCAACGACAGAAGAAGCCAUUUUAAGAAAAGCGAGGAAAGAAUCUGAACAAAAAAGACAUUUACUACAACAAGAAACGGAAGGGAUUAAAGAUUCAUCUUCCAGUAUAGUAGACGGCCCAUUCCAAGCUGCAAAAUUCCAGUUUGCUAGCGAUACUGAAAGUCUAUCAUCAUCACGCAAUAUUCCUAUACCGCGUCCUUUACAGAAACGCCAAUGGGCAGGAUCAACUCACAGUCUGAAAAGUCAUUCAUCUAAACGUGGACCUGGUAGUGUGACAGGAGAUGGGUCUAUGAGGGGAAGUUUAAUCUGUGCUCCUGGUGGUGAAGUUAUUCGUAUUGGUGGUUCUGUAGCACAUUCUGGUAGUCAAGGUGAUGUAGCCAAUCUAGGAGAAGUAACUCCAAGAGGAGUUCCAGUAGAAUCAAAAUCAGUUUACCAUAUAACUGAUGAUUCUGAUACAGAAGAACCCGAAGCCUGGAGAUCAUCAAAAUCAGAUAAAAAAUCAGCCGGUCUCUAUGGUUACGGUAAAAAGUCUAUAACAGAACAAAGUAUUGUUAAUGCUCUAACUGAACAUGCCCAGGCUAUAGCUGAACAUAUUCUAGGUGAAGGCGGGGGAAUAGAUCUGGAAGAUGAUAUAAGGAAAGCUGCUAAUUUGUGGAUGCAAACCCAUCCUCCGAGAAAAUUAUCCAGAAGUCAAUCUGUGCAAGAAUAUAGAGCUAUUGAUACCGUAAUGAAAUCUCAGAGAAUCAACAGUGCUGCACCUACCACUGCUGAAUAUAAAGAAAUGAUUAAAAAGUCGAUCACAUCUGCUGUUGCUAAUGCAGCAGGUGUUGAUAUAACAGCUCUAAAUUUAGAUGCUGAUAUUAGUGAUGAACUGCUUGAAGCUUUAGCUACACAAAAUGUGUCCCCAGAUGAUGUGAAGAUUGUUAAAGAUCCUUUAACUGGACGAAGUCAACUUACAACAUCUCGAACUAGUUUAAAAGAUGGUCAUCUUUAUAUAGAACCAAAUGGAGGAAAUGUAACGGACAGACCAGUAGCCUCCAUACCAUCCGAACGGUCAUCUGUAAAAGAUAUUGGUGAUGUUGAUGUUAUCAGUUAUAUGGCAUCUGAGACAAUAGAGUUAGCAGAAACUAUCAAAUCAGAAAAAUCAGACAGAUCUGAUACCAAAUCCAAGGCGAGUCGCUCUAAAGCCUCUUCUGUUUCCAGUGAGCAGGAUAUCAAAUCUGUGAAAAGUGUAACAGAAGAACAACAAGUUGAGGAAAGGGAACUGGAACAAGUUCCUGACACAGAAGUAGAACAGCCAUCACCAGAAGUUCCUGACACAGAAGUAGAACAGCCAUCACCAGAAGUUAAACCAACUGUUGCUGAAGCUGAAAAAGAUGAGGAAACCACUCCAGUUAAAUCAAAACCAGCCUCGCCUGAAGAAGAAAAGAAAGUUAAUACAAGUGAUCAUGGUAGCGCUAAGAGCCGAAGAAGUUCUGAAUCUAUAAGAUCCCAAGAUAAAAAUAAAACCAAACCGGUUAAACUUGAAGAAAGAGAAGAAUUUGUAGUAGGCAAGGUUAAAGAAGAAAAGGAAAAUGAGAAAUUAUAUGGCCGUACUGAGCCACCACAAGGAAAGUCAUCUUUGCCAAAGGUACCUAGAAGACCUACUGUAGAAAAUGCACAGCCACCAAAACCUACAACUGAACCACUUUCAGUUCCAGAUCAAAAAGAGGAAGAGGCUCCAGAAAUUAUAGAAAGAGUUCCAGAACCAGAGAAGACGUCGCAACCAGCAAUGCCAGAAAAAAGUGAAGAAGAACCUGUAAAACCGAUUCCAAAAGACACAAAAUAUAAAUCAAAACCAAAAGAAGAUCCAGUUCCCAAGAAAGUGCCUCAAAAAGAAGUCAAGAAGGAAGAACCAGCCAAGAAACAGAAACCCUUUAUACCUCCACCUGGAGCCAGAAAAGAGAAAGUAAAACCAGCACCUCCAGCAAAACCGGCACCUGUCCCAGAAACUAAGCCUGACUCUGAACCAACUGGUAAACCCAAGGAAAAGAAAGCUAAAGCACCCCCUCCACCACCACCAAAGAAAGAAGAGAAGAAGAAAAAAGGAAAGAAAACGAAGAAGUCAAAGAAAGCUGAAGAAGUCGCUUCUGUUAGCCCCCCUGUUGCUGUACCUGUACCAGAAGACAAACCUAGUCCAGUUAAAGAACCAACAGCACCAGUACCACCAAAAUCCAUCACCCCACGUCUUGAUUCUGGAGUCCGGUCUGAUAGUAGAAGUUUUGCUACACCUGAAUCUGAUGGUAUGGAGUUUAUCAUUAUAAGAGAUAGAUCCCCUACACCUGAACCAGAACCAGAAUCAGAGAAAGCACCAUCACCUCUUAAACCAGAUGUAACCGCAGAACCAGAACCUGCUGAAGAAAAAGAAGAUUCUGAUGAUGAAAAUAAACUAAAUUUAAUUUCAAACAAAGAUGCUAGAGCAGCUAAACGUGCAGCAGCUGCUGCUAAACGAAGAGAAGAAGUUGACAGAAAGAGAAAAGAAAGAGAGGAGGAAGCCAAGAGAGAAAGAGAAAAACAGGAAAGAGAUAGGCAGAGAGAAAUUGAAGCAGAAGAUGCUAGAAGGAGACAAGAAGAACAAAGAAGAUUGCGAAAGCAGCAAGAAGAAUCUGAUAGAUUGCGUGAAGAACUAGAAUCUCGAGAACGAGAGAAGCGAAGACUACAGGAAAUAGAAAGAGACAAAAGAUUAAAGGAGGAAAGACAACGAAAAUUUGAAGAAAUGAGAAGAAGACAACUAGAAGAGGAACAGAAGAGAUUAGAAUUAUUGCUGCUUAGACAAGCUGAAGAAGAAGAAUUAUAUAGAUUAGAAGAAGAGAAGAAAUCACAGAUGGAAGAGCAAGAAAGAAUUGAAUAUGAGAGACGGAUGAAAGAAGAGGAAGAAUUAAGAAAGCAAAAAGAGGCCUUAGAAAAACAACGCCGGGAAGAAGAAGCAGCCAGACUGAUAGAAGAAGAGAGACAGAAAGCUAUAGCUGAAGCUAGAAAGAGAGCUGAACUUGAAGCUAGAUUAAAAUUCACUCGCUCUUUACAACUGGAAUCCCAGGGCUUGUCUGAGCAUUCUCAUCAAAUCAGCGAAGCUUUUGUAUUCUCGUAUUAUGAGAUUUUGCAAUGGUUAGGUUUAGACAUACCAGAAUUCGAAUUACAGAAGUUGGAGCAAAUGUAAAGGAAAACAUAAGUUACUAGUCAAUUAAUCAUGAAGUUAUCACUCCUUUUGCAUAACAUUUACGUUUCUUUUUUUAUUAAUACUCCAACAAUAAAAUUGUUGUUGGACAGUUUUAUAGUUUCAAAUUUUGUUUUACUACACUUAGAUCUGGAGAAGUUGUUCAAUAGCCUGCUUUCUGGGUGACAUGAGGAAUUAGCCAAUCAAAUAGUUUGUGGCGUCAAAUUCUCAUCUUUUUAUUUGCAUAAUUGUGGGUACAUAUUUGUAACAAUAGAAAACCAAACAAAGCAAAAAUUGUAUUUAUGAAUAGUUACUUAAAACACCAUCGCUACAACCGGUCAGAUCUUCAUGUAGUGGAGGUCAUCAAAAUAUAGAUCUGUAUUUAAAUUGGAUUAGUUGCUGGACCAAUGUUUCAAAUAAUGUAUGUAGUAAAUGCCUAUAAAGUUUUCAAUUUAAAAGUAUUGUUUAUAAAGUAUUUUAUUUCAAUUUGUAUAUAUAGCUAAUUUGUAAAUUUCUGUAGUUUAUUGUUUACUUAUUGUAUAUAGUUGUAUAUUGAAGAGAUGUCUUAUUUUUAAACAUAAUGACUAUUGUCUCAGAUGUUAAGGGAUGUCUUAUUUUUAAACAUAAUGACUAUUGUCUCAGAUGUUAAGGGAUGUCUUAUUUUUAAACAUAAUGACUAUUGUCUCAGAUGUUAAGGGAUGUCUUAUUUUUAAACAUAAUGACUAUUGUUUCAGAUGUUAAGGGAAGUCUUAUUUUUAAACAUAAUGAAUGUUGUCUCAGAUUUUAAAGCAUUAUAGUCCAUGUAUUUUAAUUAAGAAAAUGUCUCAAUUACGAUACUUUUCAAUUAUACGUUGCUCAAAUAUUAUUAUCAAAGAGAUUUUUAUAUUGUUUAAAACUAUUUAAUACUUCUGUGUAGAAUUUUGAGUCUUUCAAACAUUUUAACUGAUUUGUUAAUCAAAUUAUGGUGUAAUUUGGGGGAACCAGUGAUUGUAUAUUUUUUAUUGCAUUCAUUUUGUUUUAACAUUUAAAGCAAUAUGCAUCUGUAACAUUCAGCACACUCCAUCUGAGUUUUGCAACAUAUAACGUCUUAAACUUAUCAGGAGUAAAUAAUAGCUUGGUUGCCAAUAUCACUGAUAGGGAUAAUAUUGAGGCCAUUUAAUUAGCCUUUGAUGAUAACUUUUUUCUUCUGCAAAUUAAAUUCUAAAACAAUUUCCUAUUUAGUGAAAAUGGGUAUGGUACAUAAAAUGAGAAAAAAGCACCAAUUCUGCCCGGACCAGUUUGUAUAUUUUUAUAAACAAUAUUUUUAUUCAAAAUAGGGAAUAGGCAUAGCCUAUAUUAACCCCCCUCAAUCAGUUUGUAUCACUAGGUCCGAUGUAAAAAAAUGCAUGUGUUAUCAACACCAUAUAAUGUGACGUCACAUGUAGUACUAUAUUGGGUGUGACCUUAAAGAUCUGUUAUCAUGUAUAGAGUUAAAAGAAGGGCUGUGAAAGCUUGGUAAUGUCUGUUAAUAUAACACUAAUAUAGUCUAUACUACAGUGCUCUAUUGACUAUCCUAUAUUGAUCACGCCUGUCCAACAUCAUUGAUUUUCUCCGGGUCCUCCGGUUUCCUCCCACUGCAAAAGACCCCUACACGCAUGCGAGUUAUUGAAAUAAAAUUGAACCAUAUGUUAGUCCCAAUAUGACCUAGUUUGUGUCGAGUGGACAUUAAACCCUCUCUCUCUCUUUCUCUCUCUCUCUCUCUCUAUAUAUAUAUAUAUAUAUUGAUCAAUCUAUGAGGCUCAUAGUAUGAGCUGUAAACCUGCUCAGACCAUAGGCACUUGUAUAGGGCCUAUUAGUAUAUAAUGAUACCAAUUAAUUUAGCUGGGGGUAAAAAGGGUGUCUAUGCUUUCUUACAUAAUUAAAAAUUCGCCUGUUCUCAUUGUCAUAUUUUUGGAAAGAUUUUGUUGUUUUUAUACGCCCACAUUUUCACGUGGACAUAUGUUGACGUCAUCCCUGUUCGUCCAUCUGGACGUCUGUCCACAAUUUGUUUGUGGACAUUCUACAGGUCACAAUUGACGAAACUCGAAAUAUAGAUCUAUCUCCCAAAGAUCUCGGUUACUUUCAAAAUUAGCAUGUAACGGACCGUAACUUCAUGGAUUAUGGCCCCUGAUUGUACAAAAAUUCACAUCAUUUUUUUUUUAACUUGUUCUCUGUCCAUCUCUUGCAAAAUGUGGGCAUAUCUUGCAUGGCAACCGCUUGUUAAUAUUUAUGUUUAGACUUUACGCAUGUUGAUGUUGAGAUCAGACUAUUGGGCCACUUCCUGGAUCCACAUAAGGGAUUUCCUUACCAUGUUCUUGCCUUAAACAAGUCAGAUACAAUGAUUCUAAUCUCACCAAUAUGAUAUUUUGUGCACAUACAAUGUACCAGAUUUGGAGGUUACCCAGUUGUCGGAGAAAAAUUGAGUAAUUCAUCCUUUUAUAAACUAAUGAUGUCAGAUAUGGACAUUUUAACUCCAAAAUAAUCAGCAGUUUUGGUCAAAUUUACGACAUCUUGAUGACAUACUAAAUCUAAAAUCUUUUAAAAUAAAUAUAAAAUACAAUUAUAAAUCAAAUAGAUAGGUGUGAUUAGAAAUAAAAAGACAAAAAUUGUAUUUUUUUUUUUAAAAAAAAUUUUGAGGCGUAUAAUAGACAGGUCUUCAUAUUUGCAUCUUGACAUAACCGGCUUCCAUAACGGUUACCACCGUUACAAGAUACCGUAUCUCAGCAUUAUCUGUUAUAUUAAUAUUUUAACAUGAUGGAUAUUAACAUAGCAUAAAAACAUAGUUUAUAUAGAAAACGAUGACUGGCUUGUACACAUAUAGCAAAACGACGUUUGGACAAGUUUUCUCUUGUUAGUUCUUCUUCCUUGAGUCUUAAUGUCCGCUUUCACCUUGGGUGAUAUCGCAGACAAGUGUUGCCAGGGAAACUUGCAAGAGGAGCCAAAUGAGAAGCUUGUCCCGCACAGGUAGGAGACGGUUGGGCGGUUCAUUUCCUUUAGAUAAAUAUUCCUCGAUUGUACGUGACAAGGAGUAGGGUUGCUUGUCCAACCUCGUGGGUUUUCUCUGGGUCUUCCCACUGCUAAAGACCCCUACUAUUUUGCACUGACUAGGCUAAUGAAGACAGGUAUACGCCAGUGUGCUAUGAAGGCAGUUUGGACCCGACGGCAGCGCUACCGCCUACUCUAAUUUCGAAUUUCAACUGGCCAGUUUCUUUUACGUUUAUCCCAACAAGUAGACACUUUCCUUGCCAGGCCCUCCGCAUAACAUACAGAAGAACUUUCUUGGCCAGCAUCAGAAUCAUACCCGAGAUUUGUUGGACAGUGAGCCAGUGCCCCCCGGAAUGCAUUUUUGGGUGGUAAUAAAUAAAUAUCCUGUGAUAUUCUGUUAAUUGUAUUUAUAUAAUGCUCAAUUAUGAAUUAUUUAAAAUAAAUAAAACAUUUAUUUAUAGAAAUAUUUAAAGGAGGCCUUCAUAUUGUCUGUAAUCAGAAUGUGAAUGCUUUACAAAUAAAUAAAAUGAAAUCUGAUAUAUUUCAAUUAAAAAAUUUAUUAAAUGA